GCCAUAGCGGCAUUCAUGCGCAUGGCCAACUUUCUCGAGGAUAAAAAUUACAGCGGCGAGAAUCUUGUGCCGCCACGCCUCGAUACCGACCCCAAGCCAAGGACCAAGCCAAACACCAAGCCGACAACCAAGCGCACGCAGUGCGGUAGCACGUCCAGCAAGUCCAGCAAGUCGAGAAAGGUUCGUCGGGACUUCCAGGAGCGACCGGCCUCGUGGGAGCCGCAGCUCAACGACGGCGGUACGCGCCGUAUCAAACUACUAGUAUGCGGCGCGAGGUCAUGCACCCCUGCCACUGAGGGCUCGGUCGCGGGCGGCUCUGUGGCUGGGGCUGAUCCCGAUACGUCGUGCUUCCAAAACACGAUCGCAACCGCGGCCAUGCUUCUUGGAGUCUCUCCUACAUGGAAGGGCGAGCCAACGAACGAGUACAUCAAACGAAUGGGUCACAAACCAGCCGACGGUAUGCCUGCGUGCAUCUCGCGGGCGUAUGUCCAACACCUUGGCAAGGCCUUUGGGUUCAAGGUCGACAUGGCUGCGUACGACUACAAUCUCUUGCGCGGGCCGCCAGGCGCCAAUCAACCUAUUCGGAACAGCAAGCGGCCGGUUGACGACCUCAAGAAGGCGAUGGGAGAAGACGGUGUUUACCUCGUGACCACGCGCGCAAAGGCCCUCAUGCACACCUUCAUCGUCGAGUGGAAAGCGGGCGUCGGGACGUUCUACGAGGCUGACAAUGAGAUCGGCGUCCAGCUCGACGGGAUGGAUAUACCAGCACUCAAAUGCGUGCGCAUGUUGCGCCUUCAAAGAUAGAACUGCAAUGCCAAUGCACCUGGAUUUACUCGGUAGACCUCGUUUUGGCGUGUUUUUAUCCAGGUCCCAAAGGAUCGUCUCUCGCUAAUUCACGCACCUCGUCGGAUUACUGGUGAUUACUGAUGGAGGCUUCUCAACGUACCCUAGUGCAAAAUAGAAUAAUUCACGUGCAGCAGGCAGAAUUAUGCCGUCCGGAUCUCGAUUUACGAAUUAACGUUACACCAGAUCGAAGAC